CUGAUUCAUUGUUCAUUCAAAUUGGCCAACAAUAGACGACCGUCACAGGGGUAUGUGAUGUGACUACUGGUGUCCGUUGCGUAACAAAAACAACAAAGGCCACAGUUAUCGACUAACUCCGCUUCGUCAUUGUCUGCAGCAUUAUCAUAAAGAUGAGAGCCAGAGUCCACUGUGGAUUUGUUCCCAAUCUUUGUUUCCGUCGCCGACGACGGUGCCAAAUAUUGCAAUGAGCUAUAGUGCGAAUCCAACGUAUCCCCUCCUCCCCGUUAUCUCUUUCUUGGGUUUUUUUCUUGUUCUCAUCCCCUUCCCAUGGCAUCUGCAAGCAUGGAAUGCAGGCACUUGUGUCUAUAUGAUCUGGGUUGCCAUCUCAUGUCUUAUCCAAUUUGUGAACUCUAUCAUCUGGCGUAACAGCGCUUUGAAUGUUGCACCUGUAUGGUGUGAUAUCUCAACCAAAUUACUCAUUGGAGCCAGCAUUGGGAUCCCUGCCUCUGCGUUGUGUAUUAGUCACCGCUUGUACACCAUAGCUGUCAUAAAAACUGCGUCGGCAACGCGUGAGGAUAAAUGGCGUGCUCUCAUCAUCGAUCUUUCCAUUUCGAUCGGUAUCCCUGUCAUAGUUAUGGCACUUCACUACAUUGUUCAAGGGCACCGUUUCGAUAUCCUUGAAGAUGUUGGUUGCUGGCCAGCGACUUACAAUGUAAUACCAGCAUAUUUCCUGGUCUACAUGUGGCCUUCACUACUUGGCUGCAUUUCCUUCGUUUACUCUGGCCUGGCUUUUGCUGCAUUCUAUAAACGCCGUAUGACGUUCAACUCCCUCAUGGCAGGCAACAGUCCGAUGAAUGCCAACCGUUACGUCCGUUUGAUGAUGUUAUCAGUCAUCGAAAUGGCUUUCACUGUGCCAAUUAGUAUCUACAGUGUCUAUAUCUCCGGCACGAGCAUACCCAUGCAAUCAUGGGUAUCUUUUUCAGACACACAUUACAAUUUUUCAUACAUCGGUCUCAUUCCCGCCGCCGAAUGGACCAGCAAUUCAGUUUACAAACGAUCCAUCGAUUUGACUCAGUGGCUCUUUCCGGUUUGCGCCUUCAUGUUCUUUGCUCUCUUUGGCUUCGCGAGUGAAGCGAGAAAGCACUACCGGCCAUACUUCCUUUGGAUUGCAAAGCGCUUCGGCUACAACCCUCCUGUAACUCAGACAUGGAGGCCGUGUGCUCCCAGGUUGAAAGCCAAACCCAUUGGUACAUUGCCAGUUUACAGCACCCCUGCACCUCCUCGAAUCAAACUCCAGUCAUCAUUUACGCAUGUCCUCGACCUUAAGAGCUCUGACGUUUACCAAAAUGUCGAGAAAUAUGCUGAUUUACCAUCGCCGCUGCCCCCAUACUCUAAAGAAAAACUCUCUGAGGACCUCUCGCGCACAUCUUCAAAGUAUUCACGAUCUCACGUAGAGGCAUGUACAAUUGAUACCGACCUCGAAACGCCAUCUGAGGCUCAUUCCUGGCAAUCAUCGCGGGAGCGCCGCACGGCACAUUAUAUUACCCCCGCUUACCACCGUUCCUUUUCGUCACCCAGCCUGUACCCUGCUGCUGUUGACCUGGACGGCUCCAUGCAGUCAUCAUCUGCGUCCGUCGCAAUCGUGAGAAACCACACCACCCAUGGAUAUCUAUGAUCUUUCUUUUUUCGUCAUGACGUGUCCAUUAUAUCUGGACUAGGGGCUAAUGCCCUGUUUGAUUACCUUCACGCUACGUUGAUUAGUGUACUACCAUCAUUAUGUUUCACCAUCGUUUGGCUAGCUUACUAUAUUCGUCGUCCACCCUUCUCGAUUUUCGUUCAUUUUUUAUGCUAGAUUGACAAAUAGUUCUACAGUGACUUGCACACUCCUGAUCCUGCCCAAGUACGAUCUAUGAAAUUAUUAUGAUUUAUGUACAUGUCUAGCCGGUUUGAAUGAAAAAUGUGAUGGACGAUAUGUCAGACUAAAUUAUCGCCCUGUGGUC